AUGGAUAAUGGCCUAAAGCCCUCCCACUCCAAACGCUUGGUUAAGGGAGCUGUCAAUCACAAAGCUAUGCUGCGUUCACAGUUGUUGAAAAAAGGAGAUGAUGCAGAACAGCAUGCAAGGGAGAAGAUGGUGGGUGAAUGUGAUUACAUCUCACUUACUGAAACCGAAACCAUUACGUUCCUGGACAUACCCCCCACCAUAAUCUCAGUGGUCAAUGAUGACGCAGAAGCAGUAAUACAGAGAAACCUCAGCUAUGCUGAGCUUUGCAAGAGCAGAACGUGUAGUGAUAAGUACGUCGACAGAUCGAUGCAGACAUUAAACGGAGCCCUUAAAAACAAACUGAUCCAGAGUGAGAAGACUGGUACUGCUGGAAAGGGUAUGGUGGCUACAAACUGGGACAUUUAUGACUCUUUUUACAAGCAAAAUGAAACCUUUGAAGGUGAUGAAGCUGAUCACAAGGAGAAAUCAGUGAGCAGCAAGCGCAACACCACUGACACAGGCUCUGACAGCAUGACGAAGCAUGGAAAACAAAUUGAGGAGAGUUUAGAUCCUACUCUGGAACUUCUCUGGGCAUUCGCUUGUGAGCUCACCAGAGGAUACUGCAUUACCAACAUGGCCUGGAACAGGCAGAACCCGGAUAUCCUGGCAGUAGGAUAUGCAGACUUUGACUCCAGGUGCCUGAAACCAGGUCUGAUCUGCUGCUGGACCAUCAAAAACAUCAUGUGGCCAGAACGUGUCUUUGACUGUCACAGCAGUGUGACAUCCCUGGAUUUCUCAGCUAACGACCAGCUUGCCGUAGGAAUGUAUGACGGCACUGUAGCUAUUUACAACAUCUGUAUUCAAGACAGCAGUGUUGCAUGUGUUGCUAGCAGCAGUAAAUCCUCCAGGAGGCAUCUUCACCCAGUAUGGCAGGUCACCUGGGCUCCACAAAGGUUAUCACUGGAAGAUGUUCUCGUCUCAGUGUCAUCAGAUGGCAGGAUUGUCAAGUGGUCCAUCAGCAGCCAUAAGCUUGACUGCACAGACCUGAUGUGGUUUAGGAGCGAUAAAGAGUGUAAGGAGGCUGCAGAGAACCUGAAGAAGAAAAAAAUGGUGCUGUCUAAACCUACUGCUGUUUGUGUUGACUUCCAUCCAACGGAGUUUGGUAUUUAUCUGGUUGGCACACAGGAGGGCCUUAUCCACAAGUCUUCCUUUUCUGAAGGUCACAGCUUUCUGGCUACUUACAAAAAGCACAUUGGCUCUGUGAACCACAUUGAAUGGUCACCAUUCAGCCCCGAUGUGUUUUUGAGCUGCUCCAGUGACGAGACUGUCCAGAUGUGGAAGCAGGGCCGCCCUGUAAUGACGUUCAAGUCCAUUCACCAAGGCCCCGUGUUCUUUGUUAAGUGGUCCCUAAACUGCUCCACGUUGUUUGGAGUAGUUAAGGAAGACCAGGUGGAGAUCUGGGACCUGAAUUUGAGCAUCGUGUUUCCAACCAUUGUGCACCAUCCUGAGCCUGGUGUGAGGCUGACAUCCUUGCUGUUUGCCAGAGGGACAGACUGUGUCCUUGUAGGGGACAGUAAAGGUCAAGUGACAGUCUACAAGCUCAGGAACUUCAGAGUGGGCGAAAGCAAGCAGUAUCAGCUGAACAUCAUCAUCAAGCAUCACAAUUCAGUGGUGGGCGUUAUGGACGGCCUUUGGGGGUCCAGAACUGUCCAAGAAGAUCACUGUGCCCACUAA